UAUGCAUAAGACCAUUUUUCUCUUCUCUUUCUUAGCAUAUUUAACUCAAGUAUCUCGGUGCAAAUGGUUCAUAGAUGCUCACACAUAUGCCUUGUGGAAUAGAAAGACUCUAAGCGGAUUAGAAAGAAGUAUUUCAUUCUCCUUUGUUUAUUGUAAUGAUCAAGGAGGCUUGCUAUUAUAUACUGAAGGUGGUGAAGAUUUCUUUUUUGCUGCAGGAAUUGUUUCAGGCAACUUUUACUUGGAAUGGAAGACUUCAAAUACUGUUAUAGAAUUAUUAAUAAAGGCGAAUCUUUCACCUAAUACAACUAAUACUGUCAAUGUAUACAAUCUUGACUCUAGAGUACGAACAAUAGCAAACGUAAAUGGUCAAGUUGCUACUGUUGAAUAUUUAGUUUCUAUUGGUCUGGGAUUAGAUGUAAAUAAACUACAGAAUGGUCUAGUUUUAGUAGGUGGCUAUAAAAGUGCCAGUAAUUUACGUUUAUAUACUGAAAGACUUACAGCCUUUCCUAUAGUUUGUCUAACUAGUUUGUCAACAUCGGCAAUUAGCCUGAAUAUUGACGAUGCUGAUGAAAAGAAUGCUAUUAUCUCUCCCUGUCCAAAGCAUAUAUGCAUUAAACCGUCAAUAGCAACAAUCAAAUCAACUCUAUCGUACGCGACAUUAGACGUUCCUGUAGAGACAACAACGAGAACUAUUUUAUCCGUAAAGUUCAGAACGAAAGCUCCGGAUGGACUUAUUGGUUUAUUGGAAGGGCCAGCUUACUUGGCCAUUUACCUAUCCAAUGGAAGAAUAGCUAUUGCAUUAAACACAAGAGGAACAGGUGUACCUGCUGUUGGUUUAACAUCCAGGAAUGACUUUAACGACGGAAAUUGGAAGUCAGUUCGCAUUGUACGUACUGGAAACAUAGCGGAAUUAACAGAUGAAGCAGCUAGGUUUCUACUGCGUGUCACUUAUGGAAGCCAAACAGCAGCUUUUACCCUUAACGCCAAUUCUUUACACAUUGGAGGAGCUCCCCCUUCAAAACUUCCUUCAACUCUUCCUAUUGAAGCUAAAACAGCUUUGCCUAGUUGUCAGGAAGCACCAAAAUUUGUGACUUAUAAUCAAAUCAUUGAACCGGCCCCAACUGUUAACUUGCAAACACAAACUAAACAGUCCAAUGAAAUUGUUUUUGGACAAUGCUCGCCUAGUUUAUCUUGCCAAACAAAGUGCCAAUCUCCUUCUCAAACAUGCAAUUUUGUUUGCGAAUGUUCUAGUGGUUUUAGGAGAGUAGAUAAUUUUAACCCAUUACGUUGCUUGAAUAUUGAUGACUGUUCUCCAUCUCCCUGUCUCAAUGGAGGAAAAUGUCAGGAUCUUAUUAAUGACUACAAGUGCCAAUGUUUAACCGGAUAUACGGAUAAAAAUUGCUCGAAGAGAGAUCCUUGUUUACCCAAUCCUUGCGACAACGAUGGAACAUGUUCUGAAAUUGACGGUACUCUAUCUUGUACUUGUAAAGAAGGGUGGUCUGGCAAAAACUGUACAAUUGAUAAAGGGAGUUAUUCCUGCAGUUGUUUUGCUGGCUUCACUGGCCAGAAAUGUUCAACAGAAAUUGACGAAUGCAUUUCAAAUCCUUGCUCCAACAAUGGAACAUGCUUAAAUUUAGUGAACGCUUUCACUUGUUCAUGCUCAAACGGUUGGCAAGGUGUCCGAUGUCAGACUGACGUAAAUGAAUGUGCCUCUACACCUUGCAAGCAUAAUUCUAAGUGUAACAAUCUUCAAAAUGCAUUUUCAUGCGAAUGUAGUCCUGGAUGGACAGGACGCACUUGCGAAGAGGAUAUUGACGAGUGCCUUACGAAACCUUGUAAAAAUGGAGGUACUUGUGUAAACGGACCAAAUAAAUAUACCUGUGUAUGUACCGACGGUUGGAUUGGAAAGAAUUGCGACGAAGAUAAGAAGGAAUGCCUUAGUAAUCCUUGCGGUAAAAACGGCGAAUGCUUAGAAGGUACGAAUUCCUUUACCUGUUCUUGUAAACCAGGUUUUACAGGAAGUAGAUGCGAAACUGAUAUAGACGACUGCCUACCAAAUCCAUGUGCUAACUCUGGAACAUGUACAGAUCUAGUUAACUCAUUUAAAUGUCAGUGCUCUCCAGCAUGGACUGGGAAACGCUGUACGGUUGAUAUUAAUGAGUGCUCAAGUGCACCUUGUGUACACGGGACGUGCAAUAAUCUAAUUGCUCAAUAUUCUUGUACGUGUGAACCAGGGUGGACAGCCAGAAAUUGUGAUCAAGACUAUAAUGAGUGCCUAUCUAAUCCAUGUUUAAAUAAUUCAACAUGCAUUAAUGGAGGAAAUAAAUGGUCUUGUAAAUGUGUAGAUGGUUGGACUGGAUUAAAAUGCGACGAGGAUGUGAAAGAGUGUCAUUCUCAACCUUGUCAACAUAACGGUACGUGCAUUGAAGGAACAAAUUCAUUCAAAUGUAGUUGUAAGGAUGGAUGGACUGGAAACGAUUGUUCUAUUGAUGUAAAUGAAUGUGCUAGUAGUCCUUGCUACAAUGGUGGUUCAUGUACACAUGGAACCAAUGUCUACAAGUGUGACUGCAAAACCGGAUGGACGGGUAAAAGGUGUAAUGAGAGUAUCGACGACUGUCUCAUUAAUGGCGGAAAUCAACAAUGCCGUAAUGGAGCUAGAUGUGCAGAUGGUUUAAAUUCAUUUUCUUGCAUAUGUAGAUCGGGUUGGAAGGGAAAAUUUUGUACAGAGGACGUAAACGAAUGCGCUUCUAAUCCUUGCUUGAAUGGUGGAACAUGCCAAAACGAGUUAGCAGCUUUUAAGUGUUCCUGUCUACCUGGAUGGACAGGUUCCAGAUGUGAAGUAGAUAUUGACGAAUGUGCUAUUUCGUUGCCUUGUAGAAAUCAUAUUCAAUGUAAAAAUACACCAGGCAGCUACAGUUGUAUAUGCGCUUCCGGAUGGACAGGAAAAAAUUGCGAACAGGACUUAGACGAAUGUGCUUCUAAUCCUUGUUUCUUUGAGGGAACUUGUACAAAUCAACGAAAUGCAUUUAGUUGUAAAUGUAAAGAUGGUUUUAUUGGUGAUAGAUGCGAAGCUGUUGUAAGGAGAUGUAAAUUUUUUAAUCCUUGUAAGAAUGGAAUUUGUUUAGAAGAACAAAAGGGCGGUUAUAAGUGCCUAUGUAAACCUGGAUAUCAACACAGUAAUUGUGAAGAUGAAAUAGAUGAAUGCGCAUCCUCUCCUUGCUACAAUGGUGGAACUUGCCACAAUUUAAUUAAUGCCUUCAAUUGUAGCUGUAAAGCCGGUUAUUCAGGGACAAAUUGUCUUAUAGACUUUAAUGAAUGUUCAUCAACUCCUUGUAAGAAUGGGGGAACUUGUACAGAACCUUCUAUAGGAGUUUUUAAUUGUACAUGUCCAUCCGGAUUCUCAGGUGCAUUAUGUGAAAUUGACGAAGACGAAUGCAAAUCUCAACCCUGUCUACCUUUUCAAGUAUGCAUCGAUAAAGUCAACGGAUAUAGUUGUAAUUGUCCUGAAGGCAAAACGGGUAAAAAUUGCUCCGAAUUAGCCGAUAAAUGUUCUUCUUCUCCUUGUUUAAAUUCCGGUACUUGCACGAGUACAAAUGAAAAAUAUUCAUGCAGUUGUGUUUAUCCUUUCGAAGGAUUAAGGUGCGAAAUUGAUACAGACGUUUGUUUCCCAAAUCCAUGUUUACACGGAGGCAAUUGUACUCGUGAUGCAAGAGUUUCAAUUGGUUUCAAGUGUUCUUGUCAAGAUGGUUUUAUCGGCGAAAGGUGUGAAGGAGAUGUAUACGAUUGUAGAUCAAAUCCGUGCAAAAACUCUGGUACUUGCCACGAGUGGACAGACGGAAGGAGAGGAUUCACUUGUACAUGUCCACCCAAAUGGACGGGGAAGUAUUGUGAAUUCGACUCAAAUGGUUGUGAUAUUAAUCCAUGCAAUAAUAAUGGAACAUGUUCAAAGACUACUUCGACUUUUAGCUGUCAAUGUGCGUCAGGAUGGGCUGGUAGAACUUGCCUUGUAAAUGUCGACGAAUGCUCCGUUGCGAAACCGUGUCAAAAUGGAGGUCUAUGUGUUGACGAAAUGGGUGACUACAAAUGCAUUUGCAAUCCAUUUUGGACAGGAAAAAAUUGCGAAAUUGAUAUUAAGGAGUGCGCUAUUAAUCCUUGCCUGAACAAUGGACAAUGUGAAGAGAGAAUUGGGUCUCAAUUUUUAUGCCGCUGUAAAACUGGUUUUAGUGGUUCGAGAUGCGAGGAACAAACGAACGCCUGCGAACCGAAUCCAUGUAAUAAUAAUGGAACUUGCAGAAACGAAUCUUCAACGAUUAAAUGCGAAUGCAGUAGCUUUUAUACAGGAAAUAGAUGUGAAAAUCAAAUAAGACCUUGUCAAUUACAACCUUGUAAAAACAAUUCGACAUGCACUGAAGAAAAUGGAUCGUAUAAAUGUUCCUGCUUGCCCAAUUAUAUAGGACGAGACUGUGAUACGAGAGUUACGGAUUGCUCUGAUAAUCCUUGCCAAAAUAAUGCUACAUGUAAAAACUUGAUAACAGGAUAUCAAUGCUCCUGCCCUCCUGGAUUUGCUGGAAAAAAUUGUAGUAUUGACAUAGACGAAUGCAAGAGUUUUAACCCUUGCGCUAAUGGGGCAACUUGCACAGAUUAUGUUAAUUCUUUCAGAUGUACAUGUCCUCAAGGUUAUAGCGGUGUUACUUGCUCAAUUCCAAUUGACAACUGUCAGUCACAGCCUUGUUUCAAUAAUGGUACUUGCGUUAAUCAAGUGAAUGGUUAUAGUUGUAAUUGCUCAAUUAGUUUUACUGGAUCGAAUUGCGAAUUAAAUAUAUCAGAGUGCUCAUCUGGACCAUGUUUAAAUGGUGGCGAGUGUAUGGAAAGGGGUAAGUCGUGGUCGUGUAAAUGCCCUCAAGGAAUAAGUGGAAAUCGUUGUGAAGUUGUCACCACAGCAACUUUCGAUGGGAAAUCGUUCACAAUUUUGCAAUUUCCUGAUAAAACUCGCAAAAAAAGAGCUAUUAAUCCUAUAGUAACCAUAGAGUUUAAUUUAAAGACAUCUGUAUUAAGUGGCUUUAUUCUUGGUCUCUUCGGAUCAAACCAAAACAUCAUAAUCGAGUUAUACAACGAAUAUAUAAUUGUUUCUUUAUCCUCUAAUCAAGCAUUGAUUCGUCUUCAAAUUAAUCUUGUCAAAUUAAAUGGGAUUGUGGAUAUCGAUUGUUCAGUUAAAAUUUACGAGAAUUCCAUAAGUUUAACUACUCAACCAGUAACUUGUAAUGGCGGUCCGCAUUGUUUCCAGCAGAGUAAAUCUUUCAAAGUAGAGAGGAAAUUUGAUAAUAUUUACGUUGGUGGACUUCCAACAAUUGAUGCUUACAUAAGAAGCAUUUUACGAUCUUCGAAUCAGUUUAAGGGUUGUUUAUCAAAUUUGAAAAUAGAUGGCAUUAACCUCAACUUAAUUCCGCCCAAUUCUACUGAGUCAAACCUGAAGCCUGGAUGUCCCAAUCCGGUUGUAUGUACUGAUGAUUAUUGUCAAAAUGAUGGAAUUUGCAUUGAUAAUUGGACUGAGAUCAGUUGCAAAUGUUCGAAAGGAUUCGGGGGUAAAACAUGUCAGAAUAAAUAUUCAACGAACCUUAAGAAUGGUGAAUUUAUUUUUCUGCCUGGCUCUACAGCAAUUACUAAAUUGAGUAUGGAAGUUUCGACUAUUACCGAAGGCUUAGCUUUAUACACUCUCACCUCAGAGCCUUUAGCCAUAUCGUGUCCCGAUAAUAAAACUGUACGAAUUCACGUAAUAGCACGAGGAGGAGAUUUAGUAUCAACGAUUAUUCACGAUACUAAAACUGGAUGGAUUAAAAUUGAUUUAACAAUAACAAGAAAUCAGCUGGCUGUUAGAAUAAAUAAUGGUGAAAAAUUCUUAGAUGAUGUCAAGUACAGUAUUAGUAAUCUUCAAAUUCAAAUGCCAAUCUAUUUAGGAGAUCUCCACUCUCAUUCAAGCACAAAUAUAUGGAAAACUAGAAAUCCCCCACUGAUUACAAAAUCUAUCAAUGGUUGCGUAAAAAAUUUAAAAUAUAACGAAAUAGAUGUUGCACUUAAUGGUAAUUAUAGCUCCAAUUUUGGAAACGAUCCGCCAAAUCCCAUAGGAUCAUGCGAUUCAGCAUGUUUCCCUUCACCUUGCUCUAAUGGUUUAUGCGAAAUAGAGUGGUUGAAUCCUAAAUGUUUUUGUCGAGCUGGUUGGUCGGGUAUUAAUUGUACCAAGAGUUUACCGAUUUCCUUUAAUGGAGUAAAUAACUACUUAUUAUUCACGGUUAAUGCAACCACCUUCUCGUUUGAUGAUUAUGGAUCUGUUAGUUUUAGAAUGUUAAAUUCCUCUGGUACUCUAUUGAGCAUGAUUUUUCCAAUAAGAAACAAAUCUCCAGAUUAUCUAAGACUCUUUUCUUCCUCGGGAAUAUUAAAUAUUCAAGUGUACUUUAAUAGUUUAAGUUAUCAGCAAGACGUAGGAAACUACGGAAGAGGAAGCUGGCAUAAAGUUGAUUGGAAAUUUGUUAAUUCUACUUUUCAAUUAUCUUUAGAUAAUAAGGUGAUUACUCUUGGAGAAAAUAUUGUUAUCUGGAAAAAGGAUAGAUUUGAAGAAUUACAAAUAUUUUUGGGAGGAGAGGAAAUUAGCCAAGCAACCAGCGCAAAUCACUUCUCUGGUUGUUUGCAAGAUUUUCGAAUUGGCGAAAAAAUUAUUCCUUUCUCUGUAGAUAAUCAGCAAGAUGGUAUAAAAGCUCAAAUAAAUGGGCCAUAUAAUACGGGAUGCGAAUCAACUGAUAGUUGUAGGGCGAAGCCUUGUAAUCUAGAUGAAGAUUGUGUGAAUAUAUGGCGCACUUAUCAAUGUAUAUCGAAAAGAGAUCCCUGCCUGGAAUCACCUUGUUUCAAUAAUGGAACUUGCAAAACAGUAAACUCUACUUGGGUGUGCGACUGUCCCAUUAAUACAGACGGAAAACUGUGUGAAAUACUAUUACCAUGCGCCAGCAAGCCCUGUAUGAAUAGCGCUAUUUGCUCAAAUAUCGAUUCUAAGACAUUUAAAUGCAAUUGUAAGGGACCCUGGUACGGAGAUACUUGCGAAUUACAGGAUAAAUGUUUACAGAAUCCAUGUAAAAACAAUGGCACUUGCUCAAGAUCAGGAAAUGAUUUUAUUUGCAGUUGUACCUCUGACUGGAAAGGUGAGCAAUGCGAACUGUUAGCCGAUGUUUGUAAAUCAUUUCCUUGUCAAAACAAUGCAACCUGUACAACUAUUGGACAAAAUUAUCAGUGUUCCUGCCUGCCAGGUUGGACAGCAAAAGAUUGUAAUCAAGAUAUUGUUGACUGUAAACCAAAUAUAUGCAAAAAUGGAGGAAAUUGCAUAGAAGGUGUAAACUCAUAUUCUUGCAAUUGUCAAAGGGGCUAUGAAGGUGUCCACUGUGAAAUGGACAGAAGAGGAUGCCCUUCGAAUCCAUGUCGAAAUUCUGGUAAAUGUAUACCUUCCCAAAAGGAAUUUGAAUAUAGUUGUCAAUGUUCAAGUUUCUAUUCUGGGAAGACAUGCGAAGAGAAUAUUAACGAUUGCUUAACAUCAGUAUGCGAGAACGGUUCAACGUGCGUUGAUGGUUUAGGAAAUUAUACAUGUAAAUGUUUGCCCGGUUACGGAGGUCAAUUUUGUAAUGAAAUCAUAGAUUCCUGCUUUACUCAGCCUUGUCACAAUAAGGGUAAAUGUUUAUACACGGGAAGAUGCUCUUGUUCGUCCAUAGUUAAAUCGUGUGGCUGGCACGAUGAACCUUGCCAACUAAGAGAAUGCGUCGGUAAUUGCUCCAGAAUAUCUCCAUCUUAUUAUUGCGAUUGUACUGGCAGUGGAUAUCAGGGUUUAACUUGCCAAGAGGAUAUUAACGAAUGCGCUAGAAGUCCGUGCCUAAAUAGCGGUACUUGUAUAAAUACUAUUGGAUCAUUUAGAUGCUCCUGUGGUGAUGGAUGGACUGGCAGUUUGUGUGAAAAUGAUAUAGAUGAAUGUAACUUAGAAUCAACCAAGUGUUUGAACGGAGGGACUUGUUUAAAUUCCAUUGGCAGUUUUAAAUGCAUUUGCCCUAAGUCUUGGACUGGAACAGAUUGCAAAGAUGCGAAUAAUCCAUGCGCAUCCAAUCCCUGUGGAUCUGGUUCAACGUGUGUAGUGUUAUCAAAUUCUUUUAAAUGUAAUUGUAAUGAAAAAAUGACUGGAGUCCAAUGUCAAACAUUUAUUGACUUCUGCGAUAGUGUACCAUGUAAGAAUGGUGGAACGUGUUUGUCUCUAUUGGGUGAUUGGAACUGUACUUGCCCCAAUAAUUGGACUGGAAAAACAUGCGAUGUUACUAUUGCUGAAUCAUCCACAUCUGUAGGACUUAUUGUUGCCUUAACCUUAAUUUUAUUGCUAAUUCUAAUUGCACUCUUAGUGCUCUAUCUUUGGUAUCGUAAAAGAAAUCAGACAAAAGAUUAUAAAGGACGUUAUUUACCAAGAAAUACAGAAGAAAUUUUAACUGCACCAGUUCCUCUACAUACUCUACUAGAUCCAAGACCAAAAGAGAUACUUGUAUAG